AUGCCCACUAAUCAUGCGAAUGACUUAGAAUUUGGGUUGAAAGAAUUGAAGCUCACCAAGAAAGUUCAUGAUGAACGCAUUGCAGGUAAUAAGACAUCAAGGUCGGUGUCACCAGUACCAACAAGAACGAUAGUAAAGCCGUCUGACACUCCACCACGAAUUUCACUUGAAGAAUCUGCCUCAAAAGCGGGAGAAAACGAAUCUCCGAAGCCAUCGGAUGCUAUUGGAGGACCGAUGGGUGAGGAAGAAACAAAGAUCAAUGAUGAUAUGAAUGACCUUUUAGACUCAGAUUCAGACUCUUCACGAGAAUGGAGCACCGUUCCAGCAAUUGCUACUUAUGAUAUUUACGACGACAGUGGCGAGCUUGCUCUCGCAGCCUACAAAGAUCCGCUCAAGACGUCUAGCAAUCCAUCUUUAGGCAAUUCCGCCAAUGAAUCCACCGAUCAGCUGAACAAACAGAAACACUCCUCUACAUUUGGCUACACAAAAAUAGCGGAUGAACAACAGGCUCAGAGGUCGCAUGCGACUAACAAAAAGACCGAUUUUUUAUUUAAUCACAAAGCUAUGAAUGAAUCAAGCCAAUCUCUGAAGGGGGCAGGAACCUCAACGGAACAUUACGACGAGUAUGAAGAUGCUGAAGAGCACGAAUCGGAGCUCAACUCGCGCAGUCAAUUGUCUUUUACUAAAAAUUUACUCAGUGGGCGUGAGAAACUUGCAUAUGCGGGAUCCAUCUCGGUUCUGGCUAACACUAUGUGUACCCAACUGGCAUUAAGUUGUCAUUGCACUAAUGUUACGGGCCGAAAGAAAUUAGCUCAAAGACUGCAGCAUAUUCAAAGGGACAUGGGAAUGUGGAGAAGGACUCUAGAGUCGAAACUCUGUGAACACUUAGAAAUCUCACCCGAGGAAAUUAAAAUGAUAGAACGCUUGGCCGUUCACGGGAUAGCGCUCGAGGAUCUUUGCAAAUGUCUGAAAGUGGCUCAAGUUGUUGAAAAUCCGUGGGAAGAACUCAAAUCGGUCGACAAAUGUCCUGACUUGAAACAAACAGAUAUUAGCAAUCCUCCUCCAUCAAAAGUCAUUCACCCAGAAGAUUUGAAAAACGAGUCAGAGCUUCGAAUAGAUGUGGCAUGGACAAUCGUGUGCGAUUUGUUUUUGCUUCUUCUGUCAGGAAGCCGAUACGAUGCUAGGUCAAGAACUCUAUUCAUCAAAUUUUCGGAAGUCCUUAACAUAACGCAAACUGAGAUUUGCGAAUUCGAAAGACGUGUCAUAGAUGCUUUAGACAUGGAGCAAUCAACGGAAGAGCAGGAAUGGAACGAAACAGAGCAUAUGAAAUCUCGCCGUAAAAAGAACAAAAGGAGAAAGUUAUGUUACGUUGGUCUCGCUACUAUUGGUGGUUCGCUAGUCUUGGGUCUCAGUGGUGGACUACUCGCUCCCGUGAUUGGUGCAGGUAUCGCUGCUGGGCUUACCACCGCGGGUAUCACUGGUGCGACGGGGUUUUUAACCGGCGUCGGUGGUACUGCAAUUGUCGCAGCAACAAGUACUGCUAUUGGGGCCAAAAUAGGUACUGAGGCAAUGUCUAAAAGAAUGGGAAGUGUACGAACGUUUGAAUUUAGCCCUUUGCAUAACAAUAGAAGGGUGAAUCUGAUAAUCAGCGUAUCUGGAUGGAUGACUGGUAAUGAGGAUGACGUACGCUUGCCGUUCUCCACGGUAGAUCCAGUUGAGGGUGACUUAUAUUCUCUACAUUGGGAGCCUGAAAUGUUGAAAUCUACUGGUCAAACGAUAAACAUUUUAGCCAGUGAAAUUUUCACCCAGACCGUUCAACAGAUUCUUGGUGCAACGAUACUGACGGCUUUCAUGUCGGCAGUUCAGAUGCCUAUGAUGCUAUCCAAACUAGGCUAUCUCAUUGACAAUCCCUGGAAUGUUUCCUUGGACAGAGCGUGGGCGGCUGGCCUUAUUUUAGCAGACACUUUGAUUUCUCAAAACCUCGGUCAACGUCCCAUAACAUUAAUUGGGUUCUCACUCGGUGCUAGGGUGAUUUAUUCCUGCUUGGUUGAACUCUGCAAAAGAAGAGCGUCCGGACUGGUGGAGAACGCUUACCUGUUUGGCUCACCGGUCGUCUACAACCGCGAACAGCUUGUAAUGAUUCGGUCUGUUGUCAGUGGGAGACUAGUCAAUGGAUACUCAGACAAAGACUGGAUCUUAUGCUAUCUUUUCAGAGCUACGAGUGGAGGGUUCAAAAGCGUUAUUGGGAUAUCUGAGAUAAAAGAUAUUGAGGGGAUCGAGAAUUAUAACUGUUCAGACUUGGUUGAGGGCCAUAUGACAUAUCGUAAAAGCAUGCCAAAACUACUCAAGGCAAUGGGAAUAUCGGUUCUGAGCGAAGAGUUCGCGGACAUUGAAGAGACGUCGGACCCUGAGCAGCUCCACCGGCAGAGGCAAAUUGGUUUUGACAUUGAAAAGGCUCAUAAAGCCUCUGCCAAGAAGAAACGCGCUAGCUGGGUUCCAGGGUGGAUGAAACCUAAAAAGGCAAAGUGGCAAGAAAUGUAUGAAGAGUCUGCCAUUGCACAAAGCCAUAAGGAGCAGGACACCGAGAAUGAAACCAGUGACUCCUCAACCAAAGCAGAAAAGACGGAGGGCACCAGUGUGAAUACGAGCGCCUUGAUGAAAGAACUCAACAAAUUGAAAAAGGAAGCUGCUAUGAUUCAAAGCUUGAACAAGGAAGCUGUUGGCACUCAAGACGGCACGAAAGCUAGCUCACCCACAGAGAAAGGAAUUAAUACUGAUAAAAGUUCAUCUGCGGGCGACAGGGAGACGGAUGAGUGGAAAACGAAGAACUCAUUAAUGAGCGCUGGUAAGGUCCUGUUACCAGAAGAUCCCAGGAGUUUCCAGAAGAAGGACCACGAGUCCGUUGAUUUUGCAUUUUCAGACGACUUCUAA